AUGGGCGUUUGUUGCAGUUGUUUCUCGUCGUCAAGUGGCGACGGUAAGUACCCGCCGCUUCUCUUGGCGGAAAACGAACGUGAGGCCAUCACGGCGCUCCUCCAGUACUUGGAGAACCGCUCCGAUGUGGAUUUCUUCAGCGACGGGCCCUUGAGGUCGUUGUCGACGUUGGUUUACUCGGAGAACAUCGACUUGCAGCGAAGCGCUGCAUUGGCGUUUGCCGAGAUCACCGAGAAGGACGUGAGAGAAGUCAACAGAGACGUCUUGGAGCCCAUCUUGAUUCUCUUGCAACUGAACGACACGGAGGUUCAGCGAGCUGCAUGCGGUGCCUUGGGCAAUUUGGCGGUGAACAAUGAGAACAAAGCGCUCAUUGCUGAAAUGGGCGGCAUCGAGCCCUUGAUCAGACAGAUGAUGCUGUCGAACAUCGAGGUCCAGUGCAACGCUGUGGGCUGUAUUACCAACCUUGCCACUCAGGACGACAACAAGUCCAAGAUCGCCAAGCUGGGAGCCUUGAUACCGCUCACAAAGCUUGCAAAGCUGAAGGAUAUCCGGGUUCAGCGCAACGCCACUGGUGCGUUGCUCAACAUGACCCACUCCUUCGAAAAUAGGCUGGAGUUGGUCAAUGCCGGCGCUGUACCCGUGUUGGUGUCGUUGUUGUCGAGUGACGAUGCUGACGUUCAGUACUACUGCACCACCGCCUUGCUGAACAUUGCUGUGGACGAGCUGAACAGGAAGAAGUUGGCUGCAACCGAGCCCAAGCUCGUGGGCCAGUUGGUCAGCUUGAUGGACUCGCCUUCGCCACGUGUUCAGUGCCAGGCUACUCUCGCGUUGAGAAACUUGGCCUCCGAUUCCGGCUACCAGGUUGACAUUGUCAGGGCGGGCGGCCUACCUCACUUGGUACAUCUCUUGACUUGCAACCACCAGCCCCUUGUGUUGGCUGCGGUUGCUUGUAUCCGUAACAUCUCUAUCCAUCCAUUGAACGAGGCUCUUAUAAUCGAAGCAGGCUUCUUAAAACCAUUAGUCGCGUUGUUGGAUUACAAUGAGCUGGAGGAGAUCCAGUGCCAUGCCAUUUCCACCUUGAGAAAUCUUGCUGCUUCCAGCGAGAGAAAUAGAUUGGCCUUGUUGAAUGCUGGCGCCGUUGAAAAGUGCAAGGAGCUCGUGUUGAAGGUGCCCUUGUCUGUACAAUCGGAAAUAUCCGCCUGCUUUGCCAUCUUGGCCUUGGCUGAUGAUUUGAAACCAAAAUUAUACGAGAGUCACAUCAUCGAUGUUUUGAUUCCAUUGACUUUCAGCGAAAAUGGCGAGGUAUGUGGCAACUCGGCCGCUGCCUUGGCGAACUUGUGUUCCCGUGUUUCCGAGGAGCACAAAGAGUAUAUUCUUGACAACUGGAAUAGUCCCGAAGAAGGUAUUUACGGCUUUUUGAUGAGAUUUUUGCAGAGUGGAAGCGCAACAUUUGAGCACAUAGCUUUGUGGACGAUAUUGCAGCUUCUUGAGUCCAACAACGACGAGAUUCAGGUGUUGAUCAAGGAGAAUGAAAGUGUACUUCUCGGUAUCAAAAAUUUGAGUGAAAGCCAGCAACACAAUAACACAACACAGAAUACCGCCGAGCUGAAUGAUUUCGAUGAUCCAAAGGUCGAGCUUUACAAUUUGACGCAGCAGAUCUUGCAAAUCUUGGGUUGA